AUGUAUAAUUAUUACAGAAAGGAGAAGUUUCAACAGUUAACGUAAUAAAAAGAAAAAAGAAUUGAAUAAUAACAAUUUGCAACAUAAGAAACAAAAAAAAUUAAUAAUGUUUUGGCUACUAAUUAUGAUAAAAGAAUCAUGAGUUUUUUGGAACGAAUGUCAUAAAAACCUUAUGUUAUCCAUGAUUCUAUAUAUAUCAAAGAAUCAAGAUCAACAAGUAAUGACAACAGAAGAUGGCUCAAUGCUUCUGCGUUACAUUCGUUGGAAUAUAAAUAAAACUAUAAACUAAAUAAUCGAUAUCUAAGUGAUAGAAAGUAACUUAAACAUAAAUUAACAGAAACUAUUGAGGAUAUUCAAAAUGCAAAUGUUUCUGAAUUAAGUAUACUAGAUACAUUUAAUCCUAAAAAGUUAGAGUCAAGAAGAGAUAGAUAAAAAUAAAUUACUAUUAUAGAUUCUAAUUUAAUUAAAAGGAAUAUGAGAAUUAAUCUAGAUAAGAUAUAAAUCAAAAAGAAAUUAGACAAAAAAGAUGAGCCAAGUAAUAAAAUGUAAUUUAUUUCUUUUAAGAAGACAGACUAUAUUUCAAAGGUUUGAAAUCAUUAACUGUCUAACAAAGGAUGUUCGAUGAUGAACAAUCAAAAAGAAGUAUAUCUGGAUAGGCUAGAAGCAUUCUAGAAAAAUGUAAUAUUAUUUCCAAAAAGCCAUGA